AGGAGGCCAUCUAUGUAGCAGGAGACAUUAUUUCUGGUCCAUCCUGUAUUUGUCCAGGUUGUAGCUAAGAUGAAGGACCUGGGAGCCCAGGAGGCCAUCUAUGUAGCAGGAGACAUGGGGAAACCAGAGGACUGUGAGAGGACCAUCCAAACAGCAAGCGACAAAUUGGGUGGCCUCGACUACAUCAUACUGAACCACUGGGGGUCUUCACACAAGAGGGGCAAGUUUCCCAAAGUGUGGGACGCUGACCCGGACAUGGACUUCCUCGCUGACUACACUAACAUAAACUACCUCAGCCACGUCAGGCUCGCAUCACUGGCACUGCCUAUGUUGAAGAAGAGUCAGGGAAACAUAACCGUCGUCACCGGACUACUCGGUAAAGUUCCAAAUCCGACGUUCACGUUCUACACCGGAGCGAAGUUCGCCCUGGACGGCUUCUUCAGUUCUUUGCGGUGUGAGAUGAAGCCGCACAACGUGUCCAUCACUCUGGCCGUGCUGGGAUCUGUGGACACUGAAGGACUGAGGGGGGCCAUACAGGAUCUGGGAGAGUCAGCUCGAGAGUACUUCAUGAAGACCGUGGCACAGCCCCAAGAUACUGCCAAAGUCAUUAUCGAGGGAGCCACCUUGCGGAAAAGGGAAAUAUACCACCCGUCCUACACCAGAGCAACAUGCAUCUUACGUGCCAUCGCCCCUUCUAUUGUCGAGAAAUAAUAUAUAGGAAUACAUAACUAGAGUUCAACGACCUCAUACAUUCACUGAACCCUUACAAAUGAUCAGAUGAAAUGUCCUAAAGAUCUCUAAAGAUCUGUCAUGAGGUCCUUAUUUGCAUAAAUCACGUAGCCUCUAUCAGGCUCCACAUGUUGAAAAACAGUGGGAAUUGGCUUAAUGUACACAUAACACACCAGAGGAGAUACCCAGCCAAAAACAGUGCCAUAGGAAGCAAAGUGCUUUGGUGUGUAAUCUAUCCUUUUUUGGCAGUUCUACUGUUUUCCAUGGCCAGCAGCAUGUGAAGCCUAAUAGAGACUAAAGUUGAUGGAGUUCCCCAAUUCCCUAGGCCCUAACCAACUAAUGCAAGUUGUCACUGUCAGGUUUAUAGUUUAGAAAAUAUGAAAUGAAUACAGUUUUUUGGUAUCAUUUUAAACUGUAGUAGCUAUCUAUAGCUAUUCUCUGUUUUUAUAGCAAGGUUGGGUGAGGUAGAACAGUGUGGUAUGCUGGGUAGUGGAUACUACAGUAAGAUUUCCAUGAAGUAUAAUUGGAUAAUUGCGUAUUGAAGCGAGUGGAAGUUGUAAAGUCUUUAGAUAAGAUUAGAACUUAUCAAUCUGUUGGACUAUAAGUGCAUUUUGCAAUUCAUUUGUAGCAGGUUUAAAAUAAAAAUUACGAAACGAAGGAAUGAAUUCCCUAGAAUUUCCUUUAAGUCGGAAACUACGAAUACGUCUACCAACACAGAUUGUUAUUCAAUUCGCAAGUCAUUAUUUGAGAAAUGUUUACGCAGCUGAUUUCUGUAUACCUUGAAACACCAAUGGAGAACGUCAAACUAUGAAGAAUGUAUUUCAAUUGACUGGACACCAUCUUCGAAGUCGAAGGAUGUCAAUGAGUUCUCAUCAACCAACCACGUAUCAUAUUUGCUCACUGAAGGUCGAUAUGCAAUGAUAUGCAAUGAGUGUUACUUAACAUUACUGUGUACGUGUGUGAAAAAAAGUUCUGAAAAUUGAA